AUGGCUACUGAGUUCCCAGAGGAGAAAUUCAGGAGAUGUCAGGGUGAGACACACCAUGCUAAGAACACCCUGUACCAGAUCCUUAACAAAGAGCAUGCAAGUGAGACCAAGUGGCACCAGCAGUAUCGCAGUCCCCACCGCUCCACGGGAAGCAAUGGCUGCUCUUGUAUGGACACAAGAGUUGUCCUGAAAACGCCAGAAGCCACGUGCAGAAGAGCUUCUGCAGUGCUCUUGAAGACUGUAACUUUUAUUAGAAACUUGCCUUCUUUUUAUCACGUGCCUUGGGAGGAUCAGCUUGUGCUCAUACAGCAGAACUGGGUCCCUCUUUUUGUCCUGGGCAUGGCACAAGAAGGGGUGGAUUUUGACCUGAGAGAGAUUUCAGCCCCUAGUUUACUGAAAAAAAUCCUCCUCAAUCAGUCUUUGGCAGCUAGCGAUGAACUGGGCAGCUCAUCACUGGGAGCAUCUUUAGCAGAAGUUCAGAAGAUGAAGAACUUACUGGGGAAAUUCUGGGACCUGACCAUAAGUGCAAAAGAAUAUGCCUAUCUUAAAGGAAUUAUUCUUUUUAAUUCUGGAUGCCAUGACCUAAAAUGUCUCCCCUAUGUACAAACACUGCAGCAGGAAGCUCAGCAAGCCUUGGUGGAGUUUAUCUCAAUGAUGUUCCAGAGAAACUUGGGCAGGUUUGCUCAGAUUCUUCAGCUAAUUGCCUCUCUUCACGACAUUGAUGCAGAUGCUAUUGAAGAGCUCUUCUUCAGGCCCAUCCUAGGAGAAGCCACCCUAAAUUUAUUACUUCUAGAAACCCUAUAUAUCAAGCCAGACUGGCUUUGA